GCUCAAGAGAGACCCAAGAGGGCCCAAGACGGCUUUCGUAGCCAUUUUGACUCAAGCCAGUGGAGUUAACGUGGAAUUUAGCUCGACUAUCUUACUCCUGUUCGCUCAUGGGUGUGUGUGUGUGUGCUGAAGCGGCUUCAAUAUUGGAGUAUCGUAUGUGUGGCUCUCAACCUGUGCGUUGGUCAGACACUGGGGACGACUGAGAAUGGGGUUACCUCAAAGACAAUAAUUGUACUUCACGUGGGUCCUCCCAAGACAGGUUCCACAACAGUUCAAGAAGAGUUACGUAAGCAACAGUCUUCGUUGCGUCUCGACGGCUGGACGGUUGUCAACGCAUCGCAGUUCGGCAAAGCCAGACGAUUUCAGAUCAGCAACGUUGCGGCGUGCUACCGGGGUAUAGAGAAAGGCGCACACGCACAUGAUUAUUCAGAAACGUCUUGUACGAAGUGGCAUGAGUUUCUUGGGAUCCUAACAGUACAACCGAACGAACGUCUAGUGAUGUCAAGUGAAUCGUUCGCCCAUGUAUAUGGCGACGACAUGUCGCAGCUCGCAUCCGACUUAGCCCCGUUCACGACGAGAAUCGUUAUGGUCUACCGGCCCUUUUACGAUUGGGUCGCAAGCGUGUAUCGACAGAUACGUGUCGGGACAUCUUUCGAGGCGUGGUUGACCGAUGAAAUAAUGGAAUCUAAAGUAAAUAGCUUCACGACGAAUGUCUACAAACGAUACGCGUCCGUUUUUGCUGACAUAAAGGUUCACACGUUGGGACCCUCGUUGAUGGCAGAGAUUGCAUGCGAUGAUCUUGAGGCCACGACGACUUGUGCUUAUUUCCAAAGGGCAGCUCUAAAAUCAUACAAUGUUAAAGCCGCGUCCUCAACGCGUGGGCGAGAAUGCCUCAGUGCUUACCAGUUGCAAAAAUUGCAAAACAUCUCAUUCGAUUUGCACAUGGAGGCAUUUGGUAUGUAUUCAAGUUUCCCGAAGUCUGAUUUCGAAACCAAGGCAUCAGCGUGCUUCGGCAAUGAGUAACUGUAACUUCGAUGGCAGCGGCUUCUAUGGAAUCCACACCAUGAUUUCUGUGAUUCCGCUGAGGCUAGUUAUAAUUUCACCAUGACUUGAGGCUGCAGUUUUCCGUCAGAGUACAGUCGUGUCGCGCGUUCCACCAAAGUAGAUGCUCGAGUGAUUUUUCAUGUGCGACGCUGCGGGCGAUGGCAGGCGACGCCGUUGCAACAGGCAUCGGCAGCUUUAGGACACUAGCAGUCUCUCGCGCGCCUGCACUAACCUAGUGCACGUGUUUGCGAGGGAGGGGCCCCCAAGAGGGCUCGAAACCGCAGGAACAUGUGCUUGCACACCGAUUUGCGAUUGAUUAUUCCCGUGAGAAGACAUCUCGCGACAAAUGCGACGUCGUCUCACUUGGCUGAUCGUGCCGAAGCAUGUUGCCAGCCAUUCUGGUAAUUAGGUGCCUUCGCAGUUUGUAACCGAGGUACCAACUCAGAACUGUGGGCCUGCGAGUCGUCCCAUGCUCUUCUUUAGUUGAUCCCUACUUGUUUGUUAGUUUGUGUUUACUCAGUUCCCGCACCAGUGCGUCAUCUUUCCCCGGUUGGGCGUCUUUCUUUCCAUCCUUGGACGCAUGGGUCAUUUGCCAACAUAUUGAAUUGUUGCGCACGUGUAGGCUUUGUACAGCGUGUCAAAGCACAUCUGCCUGCACACCGCGAUACCCGUGAAUAUGUUGAUGUCGUCGAGAAGUAUCUCGCGACAAGUGCGACGUCGUCUCACGUGGCUGAUCGUGCCGAAGCAUGUUGCCAGCCAUUCUGGUAAUUAGGUGCCUUCGCAGUUUGUAACCGAGGUACCAACUCAGAACUGUGGGCCUGCGAGUCGUCCCAUGCUCUUCUUUAGUUGAUCCCUACUUGUUUGUUAGUUUGUGUUUACUCAGUUCCCGCACCAGUGCGUCAUCUUUCCCCGGUUGGGCGUCUUUCUUUCCAUCCUUGGACGCAUGGGUCAUUUGCCAACAUAUUGAAUUCUAGACGCUUCGCGUAUCCCCACCAGCCCGUCCAGAAAUGAGGCUGGUGGGAUUGUUGCGCACGUGUAGGCUUUGUACAGCGUGUCAAAGCACAUCUGCCUGCACACCGCGAUACCCGUGAAUAUGUUGAUGUCGUCGAGAAGUAUCUCGCGACAAGUGCGACGUCGUCUCACGUGGUUGAUCGUGCCGAAGCAUGCUGCCAUCCAAUCAGGUGGGUGCCCUCGCAGCUGCUGGUCUUGAGCUACAGGCGUGCUGAAUCCCCCCA